AAACAUCGACGCACCCGGAAGCAGGAGCAACGUGGGGAGCGAGCGGAGCGGCGGCUAACACCGUUAGCUUCAAACUGAGUUUAAUGUUAAAUAUCCAACAUGGAGAACACGACAGACGGCACGUGGGACAGUUUACCUGUCAAACUAAACGACGGGAUUUUACAGACGCUCCGGGAAGUGAAGUUCACGUACAUGACACCUGUUCAGUCUGCCUGUAUCCCGCUGUUCAUGAGCAACAAAGAUGUGGCUGCUGAGGCGGUGACUGGCAGCGGAAAGACGCUCGCUUUUGUGAUUCCCAUCAUCGAGCUGCUGCUCAAGAGAGAAGAGAAGCUGAAGAAGAUGCAGGUUGGAGCCCUGGUGAUCACUCCCACAAGAGAACUGGCUCUUCAGAUCAGUGAAGUGAUGGAGCAGUUCCUGCAGAAGUUUCCACAGUUUACGCAGAUUUUACUGAUCGGUGGCAGCAACCCCAUCGAGGAUGUGGAGAAGUUCAAAGAAAAAGGGGCCAACAUUGUGAUCGCGACACCGGGCCGUCUGGAGGACAUGUUCAGGAGGAAGUCAGACGGUCUGGACUUGGCGAGCUCAGUCAAGAGUCUCGAUGUGCUGGUCCUCGAUGAGGCUGACAGACUGCUGGACAUGGGCUUCGAGGCCAGUCUGAACACCAUCCUGGGCUACCUCCCCAAACAGAGGCGCACAGGCCUGUUUUCAGCCACUCAGACUCAGGAGCUGGAGAAGCUGGUGAGAGCCGGCCUCAGGAACCCUGUACGCAUCACUGUCAAAGAGAAAGGCGUCGCUGCCACCGCCGUCCAGAAGACUCCCUCCAGACUCUCCAACUACUACACUAUGUGUCGAUCAGAGGAUAAGUUCAACAACCUGGUGGCGUUUCUACGGCAACGCAAGCAGGAGAAGCAUCUGGUCUUCUUCAGUACGUGUGCGUGUGUGGAGUACUACGGUCGAGCUCUGGAGACUCUGAUCAAGAAGGUUACCGUCUGCUGCAUCCACGGCAAGAUGAAGAACAAACGCAACAAGAUCUUUGCAGACUUCAGGGCCCUGAAAAGUGGGAUCUUGGUGUGCACAGACGUCAUGGCCAGAGGUAUUGAUAUCCCUGAUGUGAACUGGGUGCUGCAGUACGAUCCUCCCAGCAGUGCCAGUGCCUUCGUACAUCGAUGUGGACGCACAGCACGAAUUGGCAAUCAGGGCAACGCUCUUGUCUUCCUGCUGCCGAUGGAGGAGUCCUACGUCAGCUUUCUGUCCAUCAACCAGAAAUGCCCACUGGAGAAGAUGGUCCUCACAGGUGAAGUCGUGGACGUGCUGCCCAAAGUGCAGGCCAUGGCUCUGGCAGACCGAGCCAUGUUUGACAGAGGCAUGAGAGCCUUCGUGUCGUACGUCCAGGCCUACGCCAAACACGAGUGCAGCCUCAUCUUCAGGAUCAAAGAUCUGGACUUUGCGUCCUUGGCCCGCGGCUUCGCCCUCCUGCGCCUGCCGAAGAUGCCCGAGCUGAGGGGGAAAAAGUUCCCUGAUUUCAUCGAGACGACGGUGGACACAGAAACCAUCCGCUACAAGGACAAGCACAGGGAGAAACAGAGGCAGAAGAUGCUGGCCGAGCUGAAAGAACAAGACAAGACGCCCUUACCCAGAAAGACCUUCAUCAAGAACAAGGCCUGGUCCAAGCAGAAGCUCAAGAAGGAGCGCAGGAGGAAGAGGUCGGCCAAGAGGAAGCACGAAGAGGGCUCUGAUGUGGACGACGAGGACAUGAAGGAGCUUUUAAAUGACACUCGCCUCCUCAAGAAACUAAAGAAGGGGCAGAUCAGCGAGGAGGACUUUGAGAAACAGAUAACGAGUGGACCAAAAUACAAAACAGAAGGGCUGUUGCUGGACGGCUCGGGGGACGAAGAGGUGUGAUCGGCUGUGUUCAACUUGUACAAUUUAAUAAAACCUUUGACAU